UAUUCUGGAUUCGACUUUUUCUUGGAGGGGACUUGUCAAAAGAAACAGCGUCUGUUGGCGUGGCGAAGGCAAACAGCCAUGCACCUGAAUCGAGAGGACGAGGACGGAAAAGGUUCUUUGUCUCUGAGUGUGUUCCUAGUAUCGGUGGGUUUAACAGUGUGUGUGAUAUGGCUGGUCGCGCUAUGCGGGGUCUGUGGAUGGUGCCAACGCAAACUGGGGAAGAGGAAUAAGCCGGGGGUGGAGACUGCGGGAACCCCAGACUCGGUGUCUGUGUCUGGGAGAGGCAGAGGAGAAAAUAAAGCCAUCAAGUAUGUUGAUCUAGACAGGGAUUUUUGGAAUAACAAUGACAGCAGCACUGUGCAGCAGCGCUGGAGCUCCUAUCCACCCAAGGAGUUCCUUCUAAACAUGUCCCCCUACGCCCCCUACGGAGACCCUCGCCUCACGCCCAAAGAGGGGAAGAUGGUUGUGCUGUCUCUCGCAAUUGGAUUGGCCGAGCAAGAUGACUUUGCCAACCUUCCAGACUUACAGGAGGCACCACCAAGCAUGGAAACUACUCCAACUGACAAAAGAACCGCUGGUAACAAACCCGGCAGCAGCCCUAAGGGCCAAACCCCCGAUGAGAGCAACCGUCGGACAGACGCCAACUCUUCUGUCUCAGACCUGGCCAACUCCGUCACCAGUGACAUGCUAAUGUUGUCCCCAGGCUCUGAAGGAGAGGAACACGAAGGGCCAGUGUGCGAGAAGUUGGGCCGCAUCCAGUUUAGCGUGGGCUACAGUUUUCAGGACUCCACCCUAACAGUCAAGAUCCUAAAGGGUCAGGAUCUACCUGCAAAAGACUUCUCUGGAACUUCAGACCCAUUCGUCAAACUCUACCUUUUGCCAGACAAGAAGCACAAACUUGAGACCAAGGUCAAAAGAAAGAACCUCAACCCUCACUGGAAUGAGACCUUCCUAUUUGAAGGGUUUCCUUAUGAAAAGGUGGUGCAGCGCACAUUGUACCUGCAAGUGCUGGAUUAUGACCGUUUCAGCAGGAAUGACCCUAUAGGAGAGGUCUCCAUCCCUCUGAACAAGAUUGAUCUGGCUCACAUGCAGACCUUCUGGAAAGAACUGAAACCCUGCAGUGAUGGAAGUGGAAGUCGGGGUGACCUGCUUGUGUCUCUGUGUUAUAAUCCCACUGCCAACAUCAUCACUGUGAGCAUCAUAAAGGCAAGGAAUCUCAAAGCCAUGGACAUUGGGGGAACAUCCGACCCCUAUGUCAAAGUGUGGCUGAUGCACAAAGAUAAACGAGUGGAGAAGAAGAAGACAGUGGUGAUGAAGAGGUGUUUAAAUCCCGUGUUUAAUGAGUCGUUCCCCUUUGAUGUCCCUGCUCAUAUCCUCAGAGAAACAACCAUAGUCAUCACAGUCAUGGACAAAGACAGACUGAGUCGCAAUGAUGUCAUAGGCAAGAUCUAUCUCUCAUGGAAGAGUGGCCCAGCAGAGGUAAAACAUUGGAAAGACACGAUGAGCCAUCCGCGCACUGCCGUUUCCCAAUGGCACGCUCUCAAAGCUUGAAGGACCUGCCC